AUGCCGCCGACACCGCUCCGGGAUAAUCUGAACGACAUGGCCGCCCGCACGACGCGCGCCGCCGAGAAGGCGCGCAUCGACGCGGCCCGGCGCAAGGCCGACGGGAAGGUCCGCGCGCAGCGGCGCUCGGCCGACGCGCGGUCCGCGGCCUUCGAGGCGCGCCGGGCCGUCGCGACGUUCCGCUGCCGGGGAGAUGGUUUGAGGCGCUGCGUCAACGGGCGGUGCGCGUCGUUCGCCAUCGACGCGCCGCACAAGAAUCUAAAGUUCUUCGCCGCGCUGGAGUCGGCCACGCACCGCUAUGAGCUUGAUGUGGUGGAGGAGGACGGGACCUACGCGUGCUCCUACCUCGUCGCGGCGCCGCCGGGUCCCUACGAGCUCUCGAUUCUGUUGGAUGACGAGGUGCCCGUGCCCGGAUCACCGUUCACAACAACCGUCGCGGCGGGGGCGCCCUGCGCGCUGGCCGGGCCAAACGAGGCGGCGCCGGGCGAGAAAAUUGACAUCGACGUGCGCGACGCCUACGGCCAUGCGGCGGAUUUCGACCUGCGCGUCGAGGGGCCAGCGGCGGCGGCGGGGAACGCCGUCGUGGUCCGAACUGACGCCACUCCCGGCGCCGAGAUACUCGUCCACGCGUCCCGCGAUGGCCGGCCGAUACGCGGCUCGCCGGUCGGCGUCCGCGUGGUGCCCGCGCCGCCGCCGCCGGUUGGCUCACCGGAAGCGCCCGAGCCGCCGCCGCCGACGGGAGUACCACCGCCGCCGCCGGGUCCACCGCCCGGGGCGCCGCCACGAGCGCCGCCCGUGGCGCUCUCGCCAUCGACGCCGCGGCGGCCGGUUGGGUCCCGCGCCGCGCUGAGCGCCGUCCGGGGCGACGCCGACGUGCGGGCUACACUCAAGUCCGCCGACGCGGCGCUCCGCGGCCUCUUCGCCGCCUACGCCAAGGCGUCGCCGACGCGCGGCGUCCAAAUCCUGACCUUCGAGGACGUCCUGGCGCUCUGCGGCGACUUCGACAUCGCACCGAGCCUGGUCGACGCCGACACGCUCCUGGCGUUGUACCGCGUCGUCGAAAAGCAAAAAAAGGCGCGCGGCCUCGCGUACGCCCAAUUCCUCGACCUGCUCGCGCUCGUCGCGCGCGCGGCCUUGCUGGACGAAUUGGCGACGGAUGCGGCCUGCGUCAACGCGCUCCUCUUCCGCUGGGGGCUUGCGGAUCCCGUGCGGCUCGAGGGGCUUCGGAGAGGGUAA